ACGGUUUCCAUUUAUUUAUCUUCUUCUCUUUCUUCUCCUCUCAUUCCAAAACGGUCAACCACGCCGGAGAAUCGAGCUCGGCCACCGCUCUCCGAUGAAGGAUUCAUAGGAACGAUGGCGGAGCAGAGCAGCGCCGCCAUGAACGACCGCGAACCAGAGCUCAAACAGAACGAACACCAAAACAGCAACAGCAACAACAAAAUCGAAACCAACAACGCCGACGGCGGCAACAAGAAGAAGAGCAGCUCAGAUCCAGACUUGUUCUGCUGCUUGUUGCAACCCGCAACCGCCGAAGGCGAUCCCGAAUACAUCGGCAUCCGCCGCCUCCUCCUUCACCGGAAGGCCGAGGCCGGACUUCUCAGCCGCAGAGAUUGGAGAUGCAAUGGAAAAACUUAUGUGGCAUACAGGAAUUAUAUAUCUAGGCCCAAGAACUGGGAAAGUUCACGUGUCCCAAGUCUGCAGAGUACUCCAGGAAACAGUGGUCGAUGGAUGUCAUCUCCAAAUCCCUUCUCCCGCUGGUCUGAGGCAGACAGCUGGACUUCUAGUCGGGAUGUGCAAACUCCAAAUCCAGCAUCCAAUAAUAGAGCAAGUUUUGGUUCAAGUGUAAGUGAUUCUGAUCGUCCACGGCAUCGGGGGGUUGAGCCUGGCUAUUCUUUUAUUGGCAUGCAUUGCAUCUUUGAUCAGUGCAAAGCUGCUGUUACUGUGAUAAAGUUUGGACACAUGAGUUCUGAUCUACUAGCUUAUGGAGCAUCAGAUGGAACCUUGACUGUUUGCAGUGUUUCUGAGACACCUACGGUCAUCAAACAGUUAAAUGGGCACUCCAAAGAUGUUACAGAUUUUGAUUUUACAUCAAACAACCAGUAUGUUGCGUCAUCUUCAUUGGAUAAAACUGUGAGAGUAUGGGAGAUAGGAAAAGGCAUUUGCAUACGGGUGAUAUAUGGAGUUUCUUCGCAAUUAUGCAUCCGUUUUCACCCUGUAAAUAACAACUUCCUUUCAGUUGGCAAUUCACACAGGGAAAUCAAUGUGUUCAAUUUUAGCACUGGAAGGAUAAUUAAUACAUCAGUAUUUGACAGUGAAGUUACCGCAAUGGACAUUAAUCAUACAGGAAACCUCAUAUUUUGUGGGGAUGCACAGGGAUGUAUAUACUCAGUAAAUAUGAACUCCCACACAGGUGUGUUAUCCCGCGCUCAUCGUUACCGAAGUAGCAGCAGACACAAAUCUCCUGUAACAACAGUGCAGUAUCGGAGUUUUUCUUUACUGGCUGGAGGACCCGUAUUGUUGACCUGUACUCAGGACGGAAACCUGUCUUUCUUCAGUGUGGCUUUGGAGACACAAGGUUAUUUAACUAUACGAUGCUCACUCAAGUUAGCCCCACGUACACACAAAAUUCAAGCUUCUUUCUGCCCCCUUCUUUCCUUAGAAAAAGGAGAGUUCAUAGUUGCUGGAAGUGAAGACUCAAAUGUCUACUUCUAUGAUUUAACGCGGCCAAAGCAUACUUGUGUAAACAAGCUGCAGGGUCAUCGGUUUCCUGUCCUCGGAAUUGCUUGGAACCAUGGAGAAAACUUUUUGGCUACAUCUGAUUUUUAUGGCAUAGUAAUUUAUUUACUCAUUAUUAUUAUUUUUAAAAUUUUUGUAUCAAUGAAAUUAACCAACUGAUAGUACGUAGCUUAUCAAGAAAAAGCAUAUCCCGAAAGUGUAUUCCUUCUUUUUCUUUUUUUAGGAAGAUAAUGUAUUAGUGAAACAAGAUUUGGGAUUUUGUAUUGUAAACAUUGCAUCGACGUUGUGCCCCAUGUAAUUUAGACAAUUUAAAGAAUAAGAUAUUUGGAGCUAGAGAUAAAGAUGCAAAUGUGAGUUAUGAUGAA